AUGAAUAGACAAUUACUGGGAAAUUUUAAAAGAUUUUCUAUAAAUGGAAAACGUUUUUAUGAAACAAUAUUACUUCCAAAAGGAGCGCGAGCCUUUAUUAAUGGAGAAUGGAUGAAAUCAAUAUCUGGCAAAACGUUUCCUGUCCUUGAUCCUUAUACAAGAGAAACAAUAUAUGAAGCUUCAAACUGUAGUAUUUCAGAGGCUCAAAUUGCUGUUGAAGCUUCAAAGCAAGCAUUUACCAGUUGGUCAUCUCAAUUUACAGCUAAACAAAGAGGUGCAAUAUUAUCAGAAUGGGGAAAACUUUUAAUGAUAAAUCAAAAUGCUCUUGCUGAAUUAAUGACACGUGAACAAGGGAAACCAUUAGCAGAAGCUAAAGGAGAAAUAGCUUAUGCAGCAUCAUAUUUAGAUUUUUAUGCAGCUGAAGCAUUGAGAGUAUAUGGUCAAGUUGUUCCACCAAAUAAUUUGAAUAGAUCACAUAUUCAUGUAAAAGAACCUAUUGGUGUUGUUGCUGUUAUAACACCAUGGAAUUUCCCUACAGCUAUGAUUGCAAGAAAAGCAGCAGCAGCAUUAGCUGUUGGUUGUACAAUGGUUGUCAAACCUGCUGAAGAUACACCAUUAUCAGCAUUAGCAUUUGCUGAGUUAGGAGAACAAUCAGGUAUACCAAAUGGGGUAUUUAAUGUUAUUCCAGCUGACUUAGAUAAUACAAAAGAAAUUUCAAAAUAUCUUUGUUCAUCAAAAAGUAUUAGUGCCAUUUCAUUUACUGGAAGUACAGAAGUUGGAAAAUUAUUACUUGAACAAAGUGCUUCAACUGUUAAAAGAGUUUGUUUGGAACUUGGUGGUAACGCACCAUUCAUUGUUUUUGAAAGUGCUAAUAUAGAAAAAGCUGUAGAUGGUAUUAUGGCAUCUAAAUUUAGAUGUUCAGGUCAAACAUGUGUUUCGGCAAAUCGUAUUUUAAUUAAUGAAAAAAUUCAUGAUGAAUUUGUAGAAAAAUUAACAAGACAAAUUCAAAAAUUAAAAGUUGGAUAUGGAUUAGAUGAAGGAAUUAAUUUUGGACCAUUAAUAAAUGAUAAAGCUAUUGAAAAAGUAUCAAGACUUGUCAAAGAUGCAAAAGAUAAAGGUGCAACUAUACAAUUAGGUGGUCAAGUUGCAUAUGAAGGAACAACUUUAUUUUCUCCAACAUUAAUUGUUGGUGUAACAAAAGAUAUGAGUAUAGCACAUGAAGAAAUAUUUGGACCAGUUGUAGCAGUACAAAAAUUUUCUACAGAAGAAGAAGCUAUAGAAACAGCUAAUAGUACAAGAUCAGGAUUAGCAAGCUACUUUUAUUCACAAGAUAUAUCACAAAUUUUUAGGGUUCAGAAAGCUUUACAAUUUGGAAUGGUUGGAGUUAAUGAAGGUUUGAUAUCAUGUAGUGAAGCUGCUUUUGGUGGUGUAAAAGAAAGUGGUAUGGGACGUGAAGGUGGUACACAAGGAAUUGAUGAAUUUACACAAUGGAAAUAUAUAUGUCAAACAUUUUAA